AUGGCUCCAUCUGGGAGAAGAAGACCAAAAGCCUGUAGAAAACCAAGAAGAAAGAAGCAGUUCCUGCAACUGAGAAACAAUAUUCAGCAGGAAAGAAUUUCAAAUGUUGAUGAUGGCUUAGAUUCUGAUGGUGCUGCUAUUGAUGAUGUUUGUUCUACACCAAAAGCAGAUAGGUUUAGGAUACCGGAAAUCGACACGUGUCCGCCGGCCCCAAAGAAGCAGAGAGUGAUGACCAAUUGCUCAUCCUUGCAGAGGACUCCGAUUGCUUUCUUUGCUCCACCAGAUAUAGAGUUAUUCUUCUUCGUUGCUCUAGGAAAUGUUUCAGAGAUAGAAGUAGAAGGAGGCUUGAAAUAA